CUCCUUCUCCUCAUUCUAUUGGUGGCUCCCGCCUGCAUUUGCUGGAUCAGCUCUGACUCCCUGCACACACACACACAUACCCAAACGCACGCUCACAAACACACACGUGCACAUACUGGCAUGCACACACUCACACACACUUCCACGCUCCCUCUCACACACACUCUUACACAUACACUACCAGGGGGAUUCCUCCGCCACUGCAGCCUCUGCUCACUCCACCUGGCUCCCGUCUUCCGCCGUGGGGGGAAAAGCACGAAUCCAAAAUGACUUUUACUAAAUGGCCACUGGUCGGAGCUUAGCGCUGAUCCUUCGAAGAGCACCAUGAGUGGAUGAAAACAAGCAGCCUUUAAUCCAGAAAGGAUUCCUCGUCUCUGUGAUAAGAGUCUACUAACCGUGUGUAAGGACCACAGGGAGUACAACAAUCAAGUCAAGGACACGUUCACCCCCCCCCCACCCCCCCCCCACCCCCCCCGGCCUGCAGGAAGAUGAGAAUGAGAAAAUAAAGCUCUGCAGGGUCGAGGAGCUUAAUGAAUACCAAGGAAUCUUAAAAACAAGCAUUUGUGUAUGUCUGUUUGAGAGGAUCCACCAACCAUGUGGACAUUAGAUGUGACUGUCCACUGUCUUCUGGCUGCUGCACUGCUAUUGGCUAGCUGCUUCCAAUCAGUGAUGGCCACUGAGGAUGAUGUCACGCCGCGCAUCAGUUUCCCAUACAAUGCAAAGGAGAGGUCGGCCAAGAGAUUCUCGGUGGACGGCGUCUUUAAUUACACCUCUUUGCUGCUGAGCCAGGAGGACGACAUGCUGUACGUCGGAGCCAGGGAGGCACUGUUUGCCCUCAGCCUCUCGGACAUCAGCAAGACCAAGCUGCAGAAGAACCUGACGUGGGGCACUCCUGCUGGAAAGAGAGAGGAGUGCAGCUUCAAAGGGAAGAACCUGGAGACUGAUUGCUUCAAUUACAUCAAAAUUCUUCUGCGGCUGAAUAGCACUCAUCUCUAUGUGUGUGGCACCUAUGCUUUCAGUCCUAUCUGCGCCUACAUCAACACGUCAACAUUCACACUAGAGAGAGAUGACGUGGGCGAGGUUGUGAUGGAAGAUGGGCGCAGUCGCUGCCCCUUUAAUCCGGAGUACAAAUCCACCGCCAUCAUCGUUGAUGGUGAAUUGUACACUGGUACUGUCAGCAACUUCCAAGGGAAUGAACCAGUCAUUUACAAGAGUUUGGGUCAGGGAACUGCACUGAAGACAGAAAACUCUUUAAAAUGGCUCCAAGAUCCAGUCUUUGUCGGGUCAGCUUACAUCGAGGAGAGCCAGCCAAUCGGCAACCCCGUGGGUGACGACGACAAGAUUUACUUCUUCUUCAGCGAGGCAGGAAAGGAAUUUGACUUCUUUGACAACACCAUUGUGUCGAGGAUUGCUCGCGUGUGUAAGGGUGAUAAGGGAGGUGAGCGGGUGCUGCAGAAGAAAUGGACCACAUUCCUGAAGGCCCAGCUCCUGUGUUCCCUCCCUGACGAUGGUUUCCCCUUCAACAUCAUCCAGGACAUGUUUGUCCUGAAGCCUAUGGGAGACAGCUGGGAGAGCACCGUGUUUUACGGUGUCUUCACCUCGCAGUGGUAUAAGGGAGCCUCGGGCAGCUCAGCAGUGUGUGCCUUCACCAUGGCUCAGGUGGAGAGAGCCUUCAGCGGGCGCUACCGAGAGGUCAACAGGGAGACCCAGCAGUGGUACACCUACAACCACCCUGUGCCAGAACCACGGCCCGGAGCGUGCGUGACCAACCACGCCAGGCAAAUGGGUAUCCAGUCAUCCUUACACAUGCCUGAUAAAGUGCUCAACUUUGUCAAGGACCAUUUCCUGAUGGACAGUGUGAUCCGCAGCGCUCCCCUGCUGCUGAAACGCAGCGUGCGCUACACACAGAUCGCCGUGCACAAGAUCCAGGGCAUGGAGAGGGCUUACGACGUGCUCUUCAUUGGAACAGAUGACGGAAAGCUCCAUAAAGCCAUCAAUGCCAACGAUAAGAUGCACAUCAUAGAAGAGCUGGUUCUGUUUCCCGAGCCUCAGCCUGUGCAACACAUUGAACUGGACCCUCAGAGGGGUCUGUUGUUUGUGUCGUCCUACUCUGGGCUGGUGGAGGUUCCUGUGGCCAACUGCUCCAACUACCUGAGCUGUGGAGAGUGUGUGUUGUCCAGAGACCCCUACUGCGCCUGGACCGGGCGGCUGUGUCGGGACGUUAGGAUGGCGCCGCCUGACAGCCACUGGCAGCAGGAUGUGGAGGAGGCCGACACAUCAGCGAUUUGUAACAAGACGUUUCCCAGCGCCAGAUCUGCCAGACCAGCAUCUUCUCGUGGUUCCCAUUGCCAGCUCGUUACAAUCCCAGCCAACACGUUCAGGGUCCUGCCCUGCAAGCUGCGGUCCAACCUGGCACAGAGGAGGUGGCGCUACAGCGACAGCGCCAGUCAGUUUCUCUACGCCACACCCGAGGGUAACCUGGUCGUGGUGGCUCAGGUCGACAGGAUGGAGACCUACGAGUGCUGGUCAGAGGAGGAGGGUUUCCACCAGUUGUUGGCGAAUUACUGCGUGAGGGCAGAGCCCCGCCAGGAGAGCACCACUCUGAUCGGACACUCGCGGACACCACACUUUGAGCAAGAGGAGACCAUCAUCCUGCCCGGCGAGUCUCGCUCCGAGCAAGUGCACACGAAAACGUACUGGAACGAACUGAUUGUGGUGUGCGCCCUGCUGGCGUUCUCCCUCGUGGUGUUCUCCUUGUUUGUCAUCUACAGGAACCGCGACCAUAUGAAGUCCAUGUUGAAGCAGGGCGAGUGUCCGAACAUGCAGCAGAAGAAGCCGAGGAUAGUGGGAAAGCCUGCUGAGAGCUUGCCCCUCAACGGUAACACCAUCCCUGUCUCCACUUCAGAUCACAAGGGCUACCAGACGUUAAAUGAUAACUACAUCUGCAGCACGCCCACGCACGAGUCCUCGCCAGACAACAGCAAGAGCUUCUCCGAGUCCUCCGACAGGCGGCCGCUUAAUCUGAAGGAGAGCCACGUAGAAUACUCCCCAACCUGCCCUCGGCCCAGAGUGAGGCUGGGCUCGGAGAUCAAAGACUCUAUCGUAUGAGAGCACGGUAAACGCUAAAAGAUGCCACCCUGUAUCUCUGUGAAGGAUACAGGCCACUGAGCGAAGGAGAGGAGAUGCUGACAUCCUCCUACAUCACAGCACAUCUUUUAUUUUAGUCAUCUUUGUUCUGUGAUCAUAUGCGGAGGUCAUUUCAUUUAACCAUUUCCACUCUGAAGCCAGAGGUUGGUCCGGUUUGCUGCAUGGGGCUGGUAAAAGAAGCAGCACAACAAUCCGGUUUCAACCAGGAUCACGAACCAUGGCAGCUGCUAAGAAUAGUUAUAAUAACACAGUCUUUUUUUGAGUCAAUCUCAUGGCCACUUACAGCGUGUGUGUGUGUGUGUGUGUGUGUGUGUGUGUGUGUGUGUGUGUGUGUGUGUGUGUGUGUGUGUGUGUGUGUGUGCGUGUGUGCGUGUGUGCGUGUGUGCAGGGCUGGGCUGGGCAAUAUUGGGGAAGGAAAAAUAAAACGAAUAAACGCAUAAUAAACAGACCUUCCUCCUGUAUCAAUAUUUAUCACAGUAUCUCUUUAGAUAUGCAAGAUCCAACAUUAAAUUGUCUAGCAGAAGUCCAUCACAUGAUAUUAUAAAAACAAUAGACAAUGAAUUAUAAAUAUUGAUAUGUUGUCCAGCCCUAUUUGACUAUGUGUAACCCUGCACAUGGCUGCCAUACAUACUGUUAUUAUGCACACUAGAACCAAGCUACAGCUACAUGGAGACCAAGAGUUCAGGUUUAGGAGAAUAUAAUUAUAUGUUCAUAUUCAUUAUGAUCCACACAUUACGGAAGCAAGUCAGAAGCACAUUUGUUCCCUUUUGAUGAAUAAAUGUCAUGACUGUAAGAGGAUAAAGGCGAUGGGAGAUAUGAGGCAGACAAGGAGAGAACACCACCCCUAAAUUAAUUCUGUUGGAACAACAUUGGAAAGGACUUCAAGAAAGAUCAUGAAAAGCUGUGAUCAGAAAUUACGCUCCAGGACCUAUUUACUGGCAUUUACCUCCUGAAUGUGAGCUGGUCAAACAAGGUCUGUCUCAGUCAGACAAAACUACACCAUGGACAAUUUUAGGGAACCUGUUGCUCUACAUCUCUGCUCAUCUGAGACAGCCCUGUUCUUCAGUAUUGACCUGCAAGUACCAGGAUGAGUGAAUAAAGUGACUGAGACACAGACAUCCCUGUUUCUGAGGCGAAUAUGGAAAAGAGACCUGGCAUUACAAAAGAGCCUAGAAGAAAAAGCAGGAGGAGGGUCGUCCACACCUCUACCAUGUUCAGGGCAGCACCAAAAUCAUCACGUGCACUGUGCCAAAAAACUAAAAUAACUUGAUUGUCUUAUCUAAAUGCAAUAGUGCCAUUCAUGACCACUCCCAUCUCAUGCAUUGUGUUAGCAUUGAUCGCUGUCGAAGAGCACAUGAUGAUGGAACCAGAGUUGGGUUUCACAAAAGUGGCACUAAUUAUAUGUGUGGAAUGUGAGGUGCAAGUGGAAAUUUUCCAAGACUGUUAGUUUAUUAAAAAAAAAAAAAAAAUUGACUUUCAUGUAAAAUCAGAAUUGGGGCCAAAGGUUAUGGCGUGGAGGUUAGUUGCUGUGUGGUUGUCAGGUGAGAACAUACCCCAAUUUUCCUUCAGCUACCCUUAAAGGAGUUUUAUCUGCCUUCUUAGUGUUCACACUGAAACAUAGAGGUGCAUUGAUCUUGAUGAGCAUUAACAAUAAAAACUUUUUGAAUAAGUGCUAAUAAGCCCACUCAAAAUCGCUGUAGGGGAGAGAAAAUAUUCAGUGGUCUCUUGUCCAGACCGUGCUGUGUAAUGAUGUAAAUGCACAGAGAGCGCUGUAUUAGUUCAAAAUAAGCCACACCCAGCAGGUUACAUUUCUUACAUACAUGGCAUCCACUACAGUCCAAUGUCAACACGUUGUUAAUGUGAAAGCACAAGUAAUCAGGGUGUUGAAAACUUACAGGUUUGCACAUUUCAGUAAAAGUGGAGCAUACUCUUAAGAAAUGCAACUACUGAGAGACAGAAAGAGUGGCUGCUAAGGAAAAUAAUUUUUAGAAGUCAGUUAUUACAGGGACCAGUGCAGCCAUUACAAACACACUUACACCCACAUUGCUUAGACUUUUGAGACUUAUCAAGCAGAAUUUUCCAAAGAUGUAGGAAGCUGAUAGUGGUGUGUAAAUCUGAAUGAGAAACAUUUACACGGCCAUAGGGACAAUAUGGCACCACAUGUCUUAGAAUACAUCACCAGUUCACUGUAUUGAUCAAGUAUGCUUACAGUAUAUAUUCCAGUAUCACACAGAAUCAACAUUUUGCUAUUUCGAACACUGAGCAGAUGACGAAAUGCUAUGUAACUGCUACAAGUUGACAAAGUAAUUGCACAGCAUACUGCGCAACAGUGGUCAGUGUUUCCUUUUUUCAUUAGUUUUUGUUGUGUAUAUACAGUAUCUGUGAGUAAUAUUGUGUGUUUUUAAGGGACCUUGUGCAAGAUGUGUUGUAGAGAUAGUCUUGAAACUAGAGAGUGAACACUGCUGAUACUUUUUUUUUUCCCGUAAUGCUUUACUGCCUACUUCAGCAUACAUCUCAACUCUUGCACAGAAUGCAGCACAUUUCUCACCAUGCUGUUUGUUCAGCACCUGGACUGGUUUUUAUCAAGCACAUCAAAGCAGAUAUCUGCUUUUCAUGUCAUACUGAAUUAAUGAAUAGUUAGAGAUGAUAUUAUUAUUAUAUUAUCUUAGUUCAGCAUAAAUAUAGAUUUGGAAUAUAAUCCCUGAUAAAACAGUGAGUCUUUGUUUUUACAAUUAGGUUUUUGUACACGGUAGAAACAAAAACGAGGUACAAUAUUUUUUGUGUUGAGUGGAAGAUUUCAUUACAACUGGACAUAGCCAGGCUAAUUGUUUACCCCUGCUUCCAGUCUCUUGAUAAGCUAGCAGUUAGCUAGCUACUCAAACCAAAGUAGUAAUAGUAUCUGUUUUUAUUUUCAUGUCAUACUGAAUUAAAGGAGUACUUUUAUAUGGUAGGAAAUAGGUUUAAUCACCAUAUUAUUGGCAGAUGAGAAGAUUGAUACCUCGUGUGUGGCUAUGUUAAAUGAAGCUACAGGCAGCAUUUUAGCUUAGCACAAAGACUGGAAAUGGGGAACAGCUGGCCUGACUGUCAAAAUUUAACAAAAUUUGCACAUUAACUCCCAGGGGUCUUAUCACCUUGAGGUUGAAAUCUCAAAGCGUCUUACCGUUCCUUUAAUUUUGGUUGCUUACUUGUAAAUUCAGAUUAACAAGAGUAUGACGUGUGCCAAUAGAUUCAAAUAAAAUACAUUUUAAAAAAAUAAAUAAAAAAUUAAAUAACAAGAAUAAAUCAGACUCUAAAAGCCUCAGUGCAGAGCAUUGUUUGUCGCCGCUGCUAAGACUAAGAAUUUAGAGUCUCUGGAGGCUGAACAACCUACUUUGAUUUGCUUGAUGGAUAACCUCACAACAUAUUUACAGAAUGCCUUUAGACAUCACAUAGUUCUGCCUUUACCCAUGUGCCACAUUGUACACUACCCAGCAGUGACUUCACCAACAGAAAUGUGGUGAAUGGCAUGAUUGUAGCCCUCCAUGGGCACACUUAACUCCACAACACAACACGGGUCAACUAUAGAUUUACAGUUUCACCCAAGCCACCAUUAACUUUACCUAGGAGCUGCUCAAAAUCUUGUACUAUUCUGUCUUUGCUUGUGUCAAAAGUGAUGCUGUGCACAUAGAAAACACUUCUCUAAACAAUUCAGUAUUUAACAAUAAUAUUACUUCCUGAUCUCAUGUAGAAAAGCUGAAGUUACAAUACCAUUUGACCUUAAUAGUCAAUAAUGCCAAAAGGGUAAAUACUGUGUCGUAAAAGUCGUGCAUAUUUAUUAAUGACAUGCUUUUCAUUAAAAAGCAAAUGAUCCCAUGGUUAUUGAUGCUUCAUUUUGAGUGGCUCCUCAGUAAUGCAACAUACUGUACUGGACAUGAAUGUAGCCAACUAUAUCACAUUAACAGCAGUCUAUUUUCCUAAAAUAACUUGUUGUAGUUGUAGGCCAUCCAUUGUGACAUCUUUUCAGGAUUUUCUUUCAGCGGUCAUACAACAAAGAAACAGCACAACAGUAAUAACCAAUCAUUUGUGCUGCACGAUGUAGUACUGCAGUAAGAUGCAAGCUCAGCUCAAAAUCCUCCAUAUCGGCUCAGCCAUGAGACACGGCAACAGCUUUGCCUCAGCAUACUGAACACCAUAAGCUUAGUUGACUGAAUAACUAUUAGACAAAUGUGGUCUUGCCUGCAUGAUUUCUUUUUUUAUUUGUUGUGUACAAAUAACAUUGUGAACUGUAUUUUUUGUAUCAUUGAGAUUGUGACUGUUGUUUUUAUUAUAUUGUACAUAAAAAGCACUUUAUUUUAAUUUUUUAAGAUAAAUGAAUAAAAUACAUGUUUUGACACAUG